AUGGAAAAUUAUCCAGCGCCACUCCCUGAUCAAGACGGAAUCGAAGACGCAGAUGCAAUUCCAGCGGAAUUGCGCUCGUCUAUUCGGUUCACGAAACGAUCGAUAUUGCAAGAGCAACCGGUAAGGAUCAAGCAUCUUCUUUAUCAAGAGUUGAGAAAUGUCGAGGAAACUCAAUCGUUUGUGGAGGAUGAUAACAACAAUGAUGGAUUCAGGACUCCUCCAGAUCGCAUUAUCAAACGGAUUCAUGAAUGUCCAGGUGCACCGCGGAAGAAGAAAUUCAUACCACCGAAACGAAUGAAACGGAAAUCACCGUGUGCGAGAAAACUCGUGUUUGAUUCGUUGUAA